GAGAUAUUAGCUGGAGAUGGGUGGUGAUUGGAGAGACACGGGGCGGUCGGAGCAGGGAGGAGGGAGGAGGUGAUGAUGAAGGGGCCAGGUGAGGAGGAGACUGUGCAGUGCCCCCCUUCUUUUGGCUUUACUACCGCCCAACACCACUCCUCUCACAGACAAGACAAGCCAGACCUCUCCUAUAACACAGGAGCAGCAACGGGACACUGUCAGAUCUUUAAAGCUGGAUGUGUGUCUGUGGGUCUCCGGUCGGUUGGCGUCUCCAGAGAUCAUCUGCACUGCUCUGGCACAGAUCCAGCUGCCCAUGGGCCGCUGCACCCUCUGAGCUUCUCUGCAGCACCCUACUACAGGGGAGGAUGGGUGAUGGGCCCGUGACAUUCAGCAGACUUUCUCAUCCCAUCCUCUCAUGGAGCAUCCUGUCACAGGCAGUCCCCUCUGGAACACCUCUCUGUCCGGGCUACCCUUCCUGCCGGCGCUGCUGCAGCCACCAGCGACGGCUAAUGGGAGCCGGCCCGUGGUCAGUGGUCCCAGUGCCGGAGUGGACCUGAGCCAGUCUUUGGGCCUGUGCGCCAUGAUUGUGAUGGACGUCCUGGCUGUGGUGGGAAACCUGGCUGUGAUGGUGGUGAUCAGCCGGACGCCUCAGCUGCGGAAGUUUGCCUUUGUGUUCCACCUGUGUCUGGUGGACCUGGUGGCUGCACUGGUUCUCCUGCCCAUGGGAAUGCUCUCUGAUAGGGUUGUGGUGAAUGAGACCCUCUGCCGCUGCUACCUGUGCCUCUCUGUGUGUCUGGUGAGCGCUGCCAUUCUCACCAUCUGUGCCAUCAACGUGGAGCGUUACUACUACAUUGUGCACCCCAUGAGGCACGAGGUGAAGAUGACGGUGGGCGUGGUCGUGCUGGUGCUGGUGGGGAUCUGGUUGAAGGCAUUGCUCAUGUCUGUGCUGCCGCUGCUGGGAUGGCUGCUGCAGGGCAGUCAGAGGGCUCCUCUGGACCUUGUCCCCGGUCAGAGACAGUGCUCCCUUCACUGGACAGGGGGACAGCUCACACGUAUGCUCUUCAUGGGCUUCUUUAGUUUUAUUUAUUUCUUGUGUCCGGUGCUGGUCAUCCUGGUGGUGUACUGUAACAUGUUUAAAGUGGCUCGUGUGGCGGCCAUGCAUCACGGUCCACUGCCCACCUGGACAGAGUCAUCCCGCCAGCGCUCAGAGUCCGUUAGCAGUCACUCUACCAUAGCAGCCAGCCUAAGUGGGACAGGGGCACGCACCACCCCUCAGAGGAUGUUCAGUGGGGGUAAAGCUGCGGUGGUGCUGUUGGCAGUGGGGGGUCAGUUUGUCUGUUGCUGGCUGCCAUACUUCUCGUUUCACCUGUACUCAGCCACAGUGUCAGCCUCACCCCUCGCCCUAGCCCAGCUGGAGGAUGUGGUUACAUGGAUUGGAUAUUUCUGCUUCACCUCCAACCCCUUCUUCUACGGCUGCCUGAACAGACAGAUCCGGGAGGAGCUGGGCAGACACCUGGCCUGUCUGUUCAAACGUGCAGGGCGUGGAGAGGCGGAGCAGCUGCCCAGCAGAGAGGCCUCCAUCGAGGAGAACUUCCUGCAGUUCCUCCAGGGUACUGGCUGUAGCCUGGAGCCCUGUAACUCCCACAGCAGAGCCAGCCCUGAGCCCGGGACAGAGGGCCCUGCAGAGCCCACGGACUGCACCAUCCCAGGGCAGAUCCUGGAGGAGACCUCAGAGUUCAUACAGCGACAGCAGCUGAACAAUGAUAUGCACGGAUCAGAGAGAGGCUUCAAGACUAUUCCUGAACUGUAACCAGUGUACUGUUUGUUAAUGACCACUGAUACAUUUGGUAUAUUCCUGUUUUAUAAGUAAAUGAAUACAUCUCUUGUUCUGCUCUGACACUGCUGUAAUGCUAAACCACAGAACACUGCAAAAACACAGACCCUUCUGUGAAGAAUUCUAGUAUGGAGCUCUUCCAUGAAACUGAAGCUGGUCCUUUACAUACGUGCUCUCCCGUGUCCUGCCGGACAGCACUCGGCCCUGGACCCUUCUGUUCCACACAUCAGGUUAUUUACUGUCAUAAAGUGUUAAAGCCCUUUACAGUCAUUAUGGAGCAGAAUUCUCUGCACUGCACAUACAAACACUGAAACACACCAAGCACGCAAACUGCACACACAAACACACUGCACAUACAAACACUCAAACACACAAGCACACAAACUGCACACACAAACACUGUGCAUACAAACACACAAAGACACCAACACAUUGAACACACAAACACACCAUACACAUUGCACACACAAACACACUGCACACACACUGCACACAACCACAAUGGACCUUUGACGACUUGCUGUUUUUAGUUUUCUUCUGUAUGUUGGAUUUAUGAAAUCUCUUGCCUCACUCGACUUAAACAGCCCUGACCUGACGAUCAGUUGUUUGACCUGUUUUGUUAGGACUAAAAAUAGCCAACAAGAAGUUACAAGCUACAAUGAGUUUUUGAAAGGUAAAAUAUCAGUGAACUUAAAGGGCAUAUGACAGGUAUUAUCAAACAAAACCAAGAAGCAAUUAUUACAAAAAUAUUAAAACGUAUUUUAUGCAUUCACAAAUGCACACAAAAUUAGGAUUUAGUUGGGACUAAAUCCGGUACUUAACCGAACUCGAUCAGACAGGAACUAAAUCAGUGCUAGAACCAAACCAUGUCUACAUCUGGACUAAACUGCACAAAAUAAUUUACCCCUCUCCCAUUCUAAUAUUUAUUGCCCCCAGUGGGAUCGUUUUACUGCUGGCACAGGAGGCACACAGUGGCAUGUAUUUACCCGAUUCCAGGAACAUUAUUAUUAUGUUUAUCUGUUUAUCUGGUCUUGUGAUUAUCACCUACACUCCAAAUUCAGCUCACAUUAGGAGGCUCGUGAUUUCGCCCCAUUUUACCCUUAAAGACAAACAAUGUGACUGCGGUUUCAUUUUUAUUGCAGGGUUGGUUUAAAGGACCUUUUGGAGUUAUAAAAACAACCUCCACAGAACAAAAGUGGUUGUGUUGGGCUGGUACAAGACGUGGCAGGGAGUAGAUGUGCCCUGCUAUGUUCGCCUGUUUACACGUAAAUACGGCACAAGUGUGAGUGUAAACAUGAUGGUUUGUUUUGGCUACACACGGCACAGGUGUAACACUGCUAAUACGUGUACAGCUUUUGCCUUUGGCCUAUUUCAGUGCACCAAAAAUGUUGGGAGUUUUUAAAUAGUGUUGUCAUAAUGAUACUAAUAUUUCAAACUUGAUUUCAGUAUGCUUGAUACUCAAUAGACUUCAACAUAAAAUGGCAGUACUUGCAAUGUGGCACUAAAUCCUUCUAAAACUGUUCAUGAAAGAUCUGAUUUUGUCCUAUUAAUCUGAUUUUUUUAGUACUUCAGUCUAAUUUCAGUACUAAUUUUAGGAUAGUUUAGCAUCUGAUUUUCGAUACUUUUGACAACCCUAUUUUAAGCAAAUACUAUAGUACUUUGGGGCAUGAAAGAUGUAAGCCAGAGCUGCACCUGAUAUACAAAUAUUAACUAGGUCUGAACCAGGACUAUGGGUGAAAGUACUGUUGCUUAAACUGAGCAGUACUAUAGGCAUAAAUCAUCUUCACGUCAUAUCUUUAUUGGGGCAAUGACUUCAACUUUUCCUUGCCAAAUGCUGCUUCUCUCAUCUCAGGUGGAAAACGAUUUGCACAAGUCUUAUAACAAAAUGAUGAAACAAAAAUGACAUUGCAAAACACUUACAGACUAAACCACUUUUGCUUCAUCUAUUUUGGAUGCUCACCGGACUCCCCUGGCAGGAUCACAAGACUCAACACAUGGCAUAAAAACAGGCCUAACUUUCGCUGGGAGUCAAAACUAUAAAGGCCUCUUUGUCAGGGGAAGACAUUCUGUUCCUAAUUUUUUUAAACUUUCUCACACAUUUGUCAUAUCCCACUGAAAAGCAGUUGCAUCCUACUGCCAAACUUGUAUAAUAUGAUAUGAUAAAAAAAACACACAAAUAAAACAUAAAACUGCAAUGUUUUGUAUACAAAAUCCAGAUUACACGCAUUUCUAUUUGGUGGUUUUCAAUUAGCUGCAACCAAAAAUACCUUGACCAAUCAGAUUACUCACUCUAAUCUCCAUUUCUGAUGCCAUCUGUUGAUAAGCUAAACAUUCCCAGUUUGUAAAAUAUCCUUUGGCCUCUUCAGGUUUUGUUCAUGGUUUAAAAAAAAAUGCUGUAUUUUGUACCUGGAGUGGGAUAACUGUUGUUUGAUUUCUGUAAAGGCUUGUUUUUGUUGGUUAAAUGAAAUGAUUAAAGACGGACGGUGAUAGUGUG